AUGUACACUUACAUUUGGAUUUGCUUUUUUCUUGUUAUACCGUGUAUUUUUGGUAAUAACUAUGAACUAAAUAUAGAUGGAGCAACAGCCAAUGGAUGGGAAUUUGUUCGAGAAUUAUUUCGAGAAAAUUUUGUCGACGAACGAGAUUUAGGCGCAUCGUUAGCGGUGUAUCAUCAAGGGAAUUUAGUUGUUGAUCUCUGGGGUGGAUGGUUUGAUAAACUCAAAUCAAAAUCUUACGAUAAUAACACAUUACAAAUAGUAUUCUCAACAACGAAAGGUUUAGUGGCAGCAGCUGUUGCGUUAUGUGUUCAACGAGGUCUUCUCGAUUACUCCGAACUGGUUAUAAACUAUUGGCCUGAGUACGGACAAAACGGAAAAGAGAAUACAACAGUCGCCGAUAUUCUCUCGCAUCGCGCUGGUUUACCAUUUGAUUUUUCUCCAUUUGAUGAUUAUUUAAAUUGGACUUUGAUGAUAAGUAAAUUAGAACAAAGUCAACCUGUGUGGAAGCCAGGAACAGCUCAUGGUUAUCAUGCAUUAACGUAUGGUUGGUUGGCCGGUGAACUUGUUCGACGAGUUGAUCCAAAAAAUCGCACUUUAGGUGAAUUUAUUCGGAAUGAAAUUGCAAAACCUUUACAAAUUGAAUUUUAUGUUGGUUUACCAUCCGAACAAGAAUAUCGUGUUUCACCAUUAGAUUUAAAACCUAAUCAAACUUCAUUUGAUGAUUUCAAUAAAAAUAGUACUCAUAGAGCAGAAAUUCCAGGUGCAAAUGGAAUAACAAAUGCUCGAUCUUUGGCAAGACUCUAUGCGGGUCUAAUUGGUAAUGUGGAAAAUAAUCAUUACCAACGAAUCUUAACAGAAGAUAUUUUAAAACGGGCAAUCAAAUCGAAUACACCUUCUCAUGAAAUCGAUUUCGUUUUGAAUGUUACCACAACAUUUGCUAUGGGAUUUUUCCUACUGGAUGAUCUAUUUCCAUCAUUGGGACCUGGAAUAUUUGGUCAUCAAGGACUUGGAGGAAGUAUUGGAUUUGCUGUGCCUGCGAAAAAUCUUUCAUUCGCCUAUGUUGUGAAUCGAUUGGACACUCAAACGAUUGAUAUCGAUCAUCGAUAUAAAUCAAUGAUCAAUGAUAUUGCACAGAUGAUCAAUCGGAAUCAUGCGACAAAUCUAAUCGACAGUUUCUCUUUUCGUCUUCUGACUUUUUCUUGUUUUGUCUUCUAUGUCAUUGAAUUCAUUCUUCAUUAA